AUGAAGCUGCGCAUUGCAACGAUCUUCUUCCUGCUCUCGGCACUCGUCGGCUUGGCACAAACAGCAGCCGUCGAUCUUCGUCAGAAGUCGAGAGCUGACGGACGCGAUGGCCAGCCGAGCAAACAAGCGUUGGGUGCGGGCAUCACCAAGAAGUGGAUCGAGCAGCCCGCACCGGUGCUCGUGUGCAUCUGGCAGAUCAAAGUCUACGACGACUGGAUGAACGGCAUCACUUCGUUUCCGGGUGGUAUGACUUUGACGUGGGUUCCGCUGAGACACCAAUACGAUGUGAGCGAUGUGUGGGCUACUCCGGCCCCGCCUGAAGGCAAUCACGCCACGGUCGAGUACGAGGUGCAGUUCGGCUAUCCGCUGAGUAGUAAGGACCCCGUAAACAAGAGCGACGUGUACGGCAAUCUCGUCGACUUUCGCGUGACGUUUGUUGGCUGGAUGACGACCACACUUGACGUCACGAAUCCUGACAACUACGGCAUGGGCGCAGCAGAAGUGAGGGCGAUGACGGUUAGGGCCAAAACAUCAUCGUAUCUGGCUCGAUCAUGA